CAUGAGCCGAAGCUCCGGUACGGAACACUUCCACUGGCCGCACUCAUCCGGCGAGCAGAUUCUAUCAGCGCUGUAAACAUAAGUUAUUCAACGGUUUAUCUUCAGCAACAUACGCAACUGAAAGACAUGCAUAUCAAAACAGGUACGUGGGAGUCCAACGGCGCAGGGUGUGAGUCGGACACCUUUUGCGAUCUCGUGUCUGCCACCAACUCUGAGCCUCACAUUCGUAACCGCCGCUUAUCCCCCGGCUCAGGCAACUGUAGAGUUGGUGGAGGCGGAGGCUGCAUCUCUGGAGGUGACCAGCAGCGCCAACAGCUUUCCCCUGAAAGCGACCCGAUGGAGUCCCCUCUCACAAACACCUACAACCACCGCAGGGAAAAAGAACGUAAGGGUCAGCAGCACAAAAGCCGCAGCCUCCGCAGGGACAGCCAGAAGGGGGUCCACAGAUCACACGAUCGAAGCCAGAAGGUGAACCAAAAAGAACGGUGGCCGGAGGACAGUCUGUCACUACUCAAGCUCCCGCCUGCCUUCCCAGUGCAGGACAGCCCUGCCAAGCUGCAACCUGCCGUCAGCUACGCCUCCAAGGUGAAGGCGGGGGCACCGUGUGGCGCCCUGGAUGAUGACCGCCCUGCCAUUGGUGACCUGCUGCAGAACCAGUGGGGUCUCAGUUUCAUCAGCGAAGUCAGGACGCCCACAGAGAGUUCAGGCCUUCAUCCCUCAGCCACAGCAUCUCCACCUCAGCCCACAGACAUCAACCAGCCACCGGACCUGCAGAUCAAUCACACAACCCAGCCUCGUGAGGACACGCCCACUCCAGCUCCUACUUUCACUUCCCCCGUCACAUGUCCGGAGGUGGACGAGGGUAAUGGGAAGCUGCUGCUUAGUUGUCGCCAUCUAGUUGAAGCUUUGAACUAUCACUGUCGAGAAUGGAACGGACUCUGCAACAAACAGAAAAAAGGUAAGAGAUUACUUUGGGAAAGCAUCGUCAAGCACUACAGUUCACCUCGAUUCAUUUAUAUAGCACCAAAUCACAACAUAAGUCACUCCAAGGCAUUUCACAAAGCAAGGCCAAAGACAAAAAGGACCAUCCAGACAAGUGUCACCAACAAGUCCAAAAUACAGGGUCUAUCAUGGUAUGGGGAUGUGUCAGUGCCCUUGACAAAAGUAAUUUCCACUUCUAUGAUGGCAGCAUUCAUGCAGAAAAGUACACAGAGGUUUUAGAGGAACAUAUACUGCCUUCAAGACCACAUCUUUUCCAGUGACGAUGCAUUUUUCAACAAGGCAAUGCAAAACCACAUUCUGCACACAUUACAAAGUUAUGACUGUGGAAGAAGAGAGUAUGGGUACUGGCACGGCCUGCCUGCCUGUAGUCCAGACCUGAACUCCAGAAAGAAUGUACAGAGGAUUUUGAGGUGAAAAUUGCAGCAAUGAGGAACCUGUAGUGUUAUACACAUUAAGACAUGAUGGCAUGAAGAACGGGAAAAAAAAAACUGUUUCAUCAUUUGGUGCCCUCAAUGGCAACACAGCUUUUAAUUGUUGUGGGAAGGUGUGUAGGGCAGGGCUUGGAUGAUUAUUUACAAAUGCAAUAAAGUUGACCACACACAAAAUGUGAAAUAUGUUGGGUUGAUAAUGUCUGCAAUGAAACAGACAUAAGUGUAAGAAUCACUGUUAGUUUAUGUAUUUAUUUAUUUAUCAUUUGCUUUGUCUAAUUUGGGGUUGUACAAUACAUUGUUUUGUUUUAAUUUCCCAUGAUACUAACCAGUGCUUUUACAUUUAACUCUCGGGGGUCCAAAAACAUUAAUAAUAAUAUUAAUUAGACAUUGAUUCGGACUUGCCAGGAAGUCCGUGGACCCCCAUGGGGUUAAAUUAUCCACUAAGUCUUAUAAGCAAAUAUUUAUCUGGGAAAGUUUUUUUUUUUACUUUUUCCAUUUGUCUUCCCUGUUGAUAUUUUUAUGUUUGUCAAUAAAGAGUGAAACUUCAUAAUACCUCUUCUUUACCAAGGUGUGUGUGCUUUAUCUACUUUUUGGGG